GAAACCGCGGCCAUGGCUGCACCUGGUCAGGCGAGUGGUAGCACAACCCAGCGCGAGGAGCCGGCCGGCUCAGCAGAGUCGUCGGACACUGCCCAGACGUCAGUGCCCAUCGUGUCCACCGUGUCCCCCGAGCUACCCCUCUCGCCAGGACAAGGCGUGGAGCCUCCGGGCAAGAACCUGUGGGAGCAGAUCUGCGAGGAGUAUGAAGCUGAGCUGCCUCCCUUUCCAGAGGGAUGUAAAGUCAAACAAGAAGCUAUGAUUUCUGUUUCACCAUUAGAGGAAACGGUUCUCCAUGGCUUCAAUACAGAGCACGUUUAUUCAGCUCCUCAUUUGACCAUGGACUCGCAUGUACUCUGUCCUCAAGUCAAGUUGGAAACAGUUGAUCCAAAAACAUGUUCCCCCAAGGAAUAUCUGGAAACAUUCAUCUUUCCAGUUCUACUUCCCGGAAUGGCUAGCCUGCUUCACCAAGCAAAGAAAGAAAAAUGUUUUGAGAGAAAAAGAACCAAAUUCAUUGCCUGUGAUUUUCUGACUGAGUGGUUAUACAAUCAAAAUCUAAAGAGGAUAGGGGAGGCUUUCACAGAAUUCUUCUCCAUUCCGUUUGUGGACCAGUGGCUGAAGCAUCACCCCCGGCCGCCGAUCCCACUCUCCCUCCUGCUGACAGAAGAAGAGGCAGCGCUGUGCAUUCAAUCCUUCUGGAGAGCCUAUCUGGUUCGGUGCGAUCCUGAGAUUCAAGAGUUGCGUCAGUGGCAGAAGAAACUGCGUGAAGACAAGCACAUUCGCCAGCGAGUCAAGAUUUUCUGGGCCAAACAAGAACAGAAAGUGAAAUGCAAAAUGGAGGACGAUGAGGAAAUUGCACCUACAACUCCACCACCUUAA